AUGGCUGACGAGAAACACGUGUACGACCCGCCGGAGCUGCCGCCCAUCCCCUCGUACGAAGAGGCCACCAGCUCGCGCCACACGUCGACCGCCCGCCGCGGGCCCGACGAAGUCAGCGACGACGCCGAGCGGCAGGGCCUCCUCUCGCCCGACGUGCGCGUGCAGGGCGACGGCAUCAACCGGCGCAAUGGCUACUACCACCCCCCGAGCGUGCAGUCGGUCGACGACGGCGACUCGGAGCUGGGCAGCCCCGUGCGCGAGAGCCACGACGACGAGCAGCGGCGCAUCGUCGAGGAGAUGGACCUGCUCGACCCGGAGAGCGCCGACGACGCCCGCGCCCGCCGCAACCACGCCCGCGCCCGCGGCCGCUUCUCCAAGCGCCUCUCCAGCCUCACCAGCAGCCUGUCGGCGCUGCACCUGCCGCGUCUGCGCUGGCCGCCCCGCCUGCGCCCCUCGUUCGCCUUCGUCACCGACCGCCUGCCCGCCGUGCCCGACGAGUACAAGCCCGGCUGGAGCGUCGUCGCGCGCCUGUGCGGCCUCGUCGUCAUCGUCUCGCUCGUCUACCUGCUCGUCGUCAGCGAGGUCGUCCCCAUGGGCAACGGCUUCGGCGCAAACUUCAACGCCGAGUGGGUGCGCCACCAGGUCCAGAGCAACAUCGAGGGCUGGCGCAUCGAGAAGAACCUCGAGUACAUCGCCAGCUACGACCACCUCGCCGGCACCGAGGGCAGCUACGUCCUGGGCCAGUGGAUCGAGGGCCACUUCAAGGACGCCCGCAUCGACACCUUCACCCACGACGAGUACUGGGUCUACAUGAACUACCCCACCAAGACCGGCCAGGGCGUCGAGAUCCUCGAGCCCGCCGACAAGCGCUGGAAGGCCAAGCUGGAGGAGCCGUCCGUGUACAACCCGCCCAAGGCCCAGACGCCCGCCUUCCACGCCCUGGCCGCCUCGGGCAACGUCACCGGCCCGCUGCUCUACGUCAACUACUGCGACAAGACGGACUUCAAGCGCAUGUGGGACAGCGGUGUCGACGUCCAGGGCGCUGUCGUCCUGUGCAGGUACUACGGCACGCAGCCAGACCUGGCCAUGAAGAUCAAGUCGGCACAGGACGCCGGCGCACUCGGCCUCCUCGUCUACUCGGACCCGGCCGAAGAUGGCUUCAAAAAGGGCGACGCCUGGCCAGAUGGCAGAUGGCGACCCGGAGACAGUGUCCAACGCGGCUCCGCUGCUCUCUCCAACAUGAUCCUCGGCGACCCCCUCACCCCUGGCAAGCCCAGCACCAAGAAGCAGGACCGCAUGCCCAAGGACAAGAACCCAGGCCUCGUCAAAAUCCCCUCCCUGCCUCUGUCCUGGAAAGACGCGCAGAAGCUGCUCAAGUCUCUGCAUGGCGUGGGCGAAGAGCUGCCCGAGGACUGGACCGGCGGCGUACCGGACGUGGGCGACAAGUGGUUCUCCGGCCACCCCGACAACUCGCCCAAGGUCAACCUGUUCAACUUCCAGGACGAGGUCGAGCAGCAGCGCAUCACCAACGUCUUUGGCUCCAUUCGCGGGCUGGAAGACACAGCUCACAAGAUCAUCGUCGGCAACCACCGCGACUCUUUUUGUUUCGGCGCUGCAGACCCCGGCUCAGGCACGGCCAUUAUGCUCGAAAUCGUACGCGUGCUUGGCGACCUGCGCGCACAGGGCUGGCAGCCACUUCGUACAAUCGAGUUCGCCUCCUGGGACGCCGGCGAAUACAACCGCGUCGGCUCGACCGAGCAUGUCGAGGCAAACGCCGACGACCUCCGCGAAAACGCCCUCGCCUACCUCAACGUCGAUGCAGCCGUCACCGGUGACACACUCUGGGCCAACGGCUCGCCCAUCUUCACGCACGCCUGGCACCGCGUCCUCGACCGCGUCCUCGACCCGCACAACGAGAACAGGACGUUCAAGGAGGUCUGGGAAAUGCAGGGCUCCCGGCUCGGCAAUCUCGCCGCGAACCGCGACUCUGCACCCUUUCAGUUCAUAGCCGGCACCUCUUCGAUCGACUUUGGCUUCGCGGCCUCGGAAACCGCACACUCCAAUCCCAUGGCGGGAAGCUGCUACGAAACCUUCGACUGGAUGGCGCAGCACAUCGACCCCGGCUUUCAGUACCACACCAUCCUCGCACAGCUCUGGGUCCUGCUCAUCCUCGAGCUCAGCCAGGAACCCAUCAUGCCGCUGCACCUCACAAACUACGCAUCCCACCUGCAAAUGGAAGGCCAGGCGCUGCUCGAUAGCACCGAGAAGGCAGGCGGCGACUUCGACAUUGAGAUGUUUGAGCCCUUGGUGCAGAGCCUGAGCGGGCUGAAGGCGAAGACGGAGGAAUUCCACAAGUGGGAGACCUUCUGGUACAACCAAGUAUACGCCACCGGUGGCUUCGAAACCAGCGGCGUCACCAUGCAGAGAAUCAACCACAACAACAAAAAGGCACGCUUCGAGAGCAUGCUCCUCGACCUCCCCACCGACCCCAAAGACACGAGUCCGCGCGGGGUACGUCCUCUCCCUGUAUUUCCAGUUCGCCUCACAGACACUGACAUUUACGAUAGUUACCCGGCCGUGAGCAAUUCAAACACGUCCUCUUCGCCCCCUCGAGCGCCAACGGGCUGGAGAGCAGCGUCUUCCCCUUCGCGCGCGACGCAAUCGACAAGAAGGAUUGGGCGCGCGCGAAGGAGCAGAUCAAGAAGACGGCGGAUGUGCUCGAUCGCGCGGCGGACAUGCUGGCGCAGGGCUAACACCCCGCCACGCUUCACUUGA